CCAGAGGAGUUCCUGCUGCUCUUGGGAGAGAGAGAUAGAAUUGUGGUCAACACAGGAGGAUGAAUCAAAACACCCCUUCAAGUGAAGGCAGGCACGAAGAUGAUUCCGCUCUGUCCGACGUCCUUGCUUCUCUCAUGGAUUACAUCCCAACUAUCCCCGAUGAACUAGUGGAGCAUUACGUCGCCAAGAGUGGCUUCCAGUGCCCCGACGUGCGAUUAAUAAGGCUGGUAGCUGUUGCUACACAAAAGUUUAUUUCAGAGGUUGCAACUGAUGCUCUUCAGCAGUGCAAAGCAAGACAGGCAGCAGCAGUCAAGGAUAAGAGAGAGAAGCAGCAAAAGGAUAAGAGCCUGAUCUUGACAAUGGAGGAUUUAUCCAAAGCACUUCGUGAGUAUGGCAUGAAUAUGAAACACCAAGAAUACUUCACGGAUAGCCCUUCAACUGGAAUGGAUCCUACUUCAAUGAAAGAAUGAUUUAGAUUUUCAGAUUUUCUUCUAAACCUACUACUUAAGGUCAAGUAUGGUUUUUGUUUCUUCUUGUUAUUUGUCUUUAAACUUACAGCUACAGUGUUUGACAUAUACAGGGAAAGUUUUUAUUAGUAAUUUGUACAUUUUUGUGCCAUCUUGUAAUGGAGCCCAAUUCCCCCCCUGGUCCUUCUGGAAAAUUUUAUAUAGUUAAUACCGGUAGAGUUAUAUUUUUCUUAGAAGUAUGAUGCUGCUGAUUUC